AUGCAAUCUCCGCCACCAUGUACACCUUUUUCUCUGUCUCCUGGACCAACAUCGGAGCCGCAUAGAAGCUAUAUUCACUUGCUGGAGAUUGGGCUGAUCUUGGUCCCGACACUUUACUCUUUGAUGUAUGCUGUGGAACCGGAACAAUCAGGCUUACACUGGCACAUCGUGUUGGUGAUUGGCAUUGAAAUAGAUGCGCCGGCUGUAUCAGAUGCAGAACGAAAUGCAAAGCUCAAUGGUAUGAGCAACUGGAAGUUCAUUUGCUCAAAGGUAGAGUACUUAGAUAAAUCUGAAAUGGAAGCCACGGUUCAAGACAAUGAGCAGAUUCCUUCAUAGAACUUAGAGCCAAGAAAAUGUCUGCUUCUGAGCCUUUUAGACCUGUCAAAGCCAUGGCCGUUGACCUUUUCCCUCACAAAUACUCUCUUUUUAAAGAGAUGAUGAACAAUAACAACUACUAUUCUCGCUUUGCUUUAAACACAAUGUAAGGAGAUAAUAUAUUAUAUUUUUGAUAUUCAAUAAAAAAUAAGUGUAGCGAGCUCUGGUUAAGUUGUCUUUUCGUUUCUUGUAAACAAGAGCUCCGAUUACAAUCGCUCCUACUCCGAGUAUUGCUCUAAUGGCGAUCCCAGCUUUCUUCAAUCCCCUCAUUCCAUUAUCUUCGCCUAUCUUUUCAUCGAGUUCAUCUCUGUCCUCGCUUUCUUUGAUUUCCUCUGCUUGUCCCACUUCCGGCGAUGGAGAUGGUGUUGGAGAAGGGAAAUACUUUGUCUCCUUCUCGGGAUCGACAUCAUCUGAAUCGUCGUCGGAAGGAGCAUGAACAAGUGCUGGUGACCACGAGACAGAGAAGAAGAUGGAGAUGGUGACGGAGAUUCCAGCUGAGUAGACGGUGGUGGAGAAUCCGUUAAGGAUUCAGGUGUUGGUGAUGAAACCGGUGGUGGAGUUUCUGUUUUUCGAUUGUAUCCUCUCUUUUUCUUUGUGGCGAAGAAGAAGAAACAGAAAAGAAAACCGAAUUCCCAAUUUCAAUUUUAGCAUUCGGUAUUCUUUUUCUCUAAUCAGUUUGGUCAUUGGGUCGGAUUGUGUUUUGGGUUAUGGGCAAUCGUAUUUGCUAAACGCG